AAUAGAUAUAUAAAUACGAUAAUAAAAAAAAACAUGAGUGGGACUCCAAUUGUGCUUGAUCAAGGUACCGGUUUUGUAAAGAUUGGUAGAGCGGGAACGAAUUUCCCCGACCAUACUUUCCCCUCGAUUGUGGGAAGGCCAAUUUUAAGAGCUGAAGAAAAAAGUGGCUUGGUUCCAGACAACUUAGAGAUCAAAGACAUCAUGUGUGGUUCCGAAGCGUCAGAAGUACGUUCACUUCUUCAAAUUUCAUACCCUAUGGAAAAUGGUAUUAUCAGAAAUUGGGAAGAUAUGGAGCAUCUUUGGGAUUACGCCUUUUAUGAAAGAAUGCAAAUUCAAACUGCUGGUGAAAAGAUUUUGUUGACAGAACCACCAAUGAACCCAUUGAAGAAUAGAGAAACCAUGUGUGAUGUCAUGUUUGAAAAAUAUCAAUUUGGAGGUGUAUACGUUGCCAUUCAAGCUGUGUUGGCCUUGUACGCGCAAGGUUUAAGUUCAGGUGUUGUGGUAGAUUCAGGUGAUGGUGUCACUCACAUUGUGCCAGUCUAUGAGUCGGUUGUAUUGAACCACUUAACCAAACGUUUGGAUGUUGCUGGUAGAGAUGUUACCAGAAACUUGAUCAACUUGUUGUUGCGUCGUGGUUACGCAUUUAACAGAACUGCUGAUUUUGAAACUGUACGUCAAAUUAAAGAAAAAUUAUGUUAUGUUUCAUAUGACUUGGAUCUUGAUACAAAACUUGCACAAGAAACCACUACAUUGGUUGAAUCGUAUGAAUUGCCAGAUGGAAGAGUUAUCAAGGUUGGUUCCGAAAGAUUUGAAGCCCCAGAAUGUCUUUUCCAACCAAACUUGGUAGAUGUAGAACAACCCGGUGUUGGUGAAACUCUUUUCAACACUAUCCAAUCUGCUGACGUUGACGUCAGAUCUUCUCUUUUCAAGGCAAUUGUUUUAUCCGGUGGUUCUUCAAUGUAUCCAGGACUUCCAUCUCGUUUAGAAAAAGAGUUGAAACAAUUGUGGUUAACCAAGGUAUUACGUGGAGAUUCAUCAAGAUUAGAGCAUUUCAAGGUUAGAAUUGAAGAUCCUCCAAGAAGAAGACAUAUGGUGUUCAUUGGUGGUGCUGUCUUGGCUAACAUCAUGGCCGACAAGGACCAUAUGUGGAUAUCGAAGCAAGAAUGGGAAGAACAAGGUCCUCGUGUUUUGGAAAAAUUGGGACCUCGUUAA